GCGGAACUAUUGAAGCUGAAACUGGAGCGGGCCGCGAUGCUGGUCGACGGCCUCUCAGACGAGCGAAUUCGAUGGGAGAACACGGUCGGUUCGCUCGGCGGGUUCUUCGACUGGCUGCCAGGUGAUUGCCUAAUAUCCACCGCCUUUGUGUCCUAUUUGGGCCCGUUCGUAUCCAAUUAUAGAGAGAAGCUGAUAAGCAUCUGGAUGAAGGAGGUUCGAGAAAAAGAAAUUCCAACGUCACCGCAGCUAGACGUAAAGGAAUUCCUAGCUGACCCUGCAGUCAUCAGGGACUGGAACAUGCAGGGAUUGCCAUCCGAUGAUUUCAGUACUGAGAACGGUAUCAUCGUGACCAGAGGAACCAGAUGGCCACUGGUAAUCGAUCCGCAAUGCCAAGGAGUGAAAUGGAUCAAGAAUAUGGAAGCCAAGAACAAAGAAAAAAAAAAAUCUGUCUUUCGAAUCUUUCAACGAUUUCAGAACUUAAAAGUGAUCGAUUUUGGUCAACCGGACUUCGUCAAAGUAUUGGAAAACGCGAUCCAAUAUGGUAAACCAGUUCUACUAGAAAAUAUCGGUGAAAUGAUCGAUCCAGUACUGAAUCCCAUUCUGGAACGAGCUUUAGUGAAAAUUGGUACGUAUAAGACGUCGAAAGCAAUAUUACCUUGCUCUAAUUCUAAUAUUCUGGCAUCUUAAUAUUUAGAGAUUUGGAGAGUAAAAUAAAUAUUAAAUUUAGAAUGUUAAUUUAAAAAUUAAUAUUCUCGUAUGUAGUUAUUUACUUACACUAUAAUCUCUCCCUCUAAUUUAAUAUAUAAUAUGUAUAUAUGUACGUAUUAAAUUUAUAUUAAAUUAAAUAAAUACAUUAUAUAUUUAAAAUAACAUAUUAAAUAUAUAAUUUAAUUUAAUCUAUUCAAUACAUUAAUAUAAUAAGUUAAUACAUUAAUAGUAAUAAUACAUUAA